UUACUGAGCGGGUGAUGGAGAAUUUAAAACCGCGCCUUUGCUGAAAGAGAGGCAGCAAUGGAUCAGAGGAAAGCAGCCUGGCCAAGCAAACUGCCCUACCUACCACAGUGCUGAAAACAAGGUGCUUCUGGUUGGACAGCAGAUGCUGCAGGGAUGUAGAGCGGAGGGAAUAUUUAUGAUUUGUCAAAAUACGAGGGGAACUUGGCAAGGACAUCAGAACUGGGAUGCCCCGGUCUUCUCUCUUCAGGGAUGCCUUGCUUCACAUGCAUCUUUUGUCUGCUAUGCUGUUUCUAAAGGGUAAAAACACUAACAAAUAAGAAGUCAGCAAGGUGGAUUGGGGGAUCAGGUGCAUUUCUCUUUUGGAAGAGAUGGUCCUGGUCAUGAAACUUCUGUUCCUCACCUGCCUAUGGCCAACAGCAGUACUACACAGUUCUCACAGUCAGCAUCACCGUCUUCAUCGCCGGCAACAAAUGUCAUUCUCAAGAAAACAUACCAGCAAACGAGAAAUUAAAAUGAGGAAACUUGACAGCACGAAGGUCCGACCACUCAAAUCUGAGCAGCUUCUUCACAUAGAGGACCAUGACUUUGCACUGAGACCUGGAUUUGGAGGGUCCCCAAUACCUGUGGGCAUUGAUGUGCAGGUGGAGAGCAUUGACAGCAUCUCUGAAGUUGACAUGGACUUCACAAUGACUUUAUAUCUCAGACACUACUGGAAGGAUGAGAGGCUCUCAUUCCGUAGCAACAAAAACAAAAGUAUGACUUUUGAUGGACGGCUGAUAAAAAAGAUCUGGGUGCCUGAUGUGUUUUUUGUGCACUCCAAAAGAUCUUUCAUCCAUGAUACAACUGUGGAAAACAUCAUGCUCCGAGUGUACCCCGAUGGCAACGUCCUCUUCAGUCUGAGAAUAACAGUUUCUGCUAUGUGCUUCAUGGAUUUCAGUCGCUUUCCUCUGGACACACAGAACUGUUCUUUAGAACUGGAAAGCUAUGCAUACAAUGAAGAUGAUCUGAUGUUGUACUGGAAACAUGGCAACAAGUCCCUGAGCACAGAUGAGCACAUCUCCCUCUCCCAGUUCUUCAUUGAGGAAUUCAGUGCUUCCAGUGGACUUGCUUUUUACAGCAGUACUGGUUGGUACAACCGACUUUUUAUCAACUUUGCACUCCGCAGACAUAUUUUCUUUUUUGUGCUACAAUCCUAUUUCCCAGCCAUGCUGAUGGUGAUGCUGUCUUGGGUUUCCUUUUGGAUCGAUAGAAGAGCUGUUCCUGCCAGGGUGUCAUUAGGUAUAACUACAGUGCUGACAAUGUCCACCAUCAUGACAGGAGUAAGUGCCUCAAUGCCUCAAGUGUCUUACAUAAAGGCUGUGGAUGUGUAUUUAUGGAUCAGCUUCCUUUUUGUCUUCCUGUCAGUCAUCGAGUAUGCAGCAGUGAACUAUCUCACCACAAUUGAAGAGAGAAAACAACUCAAAAAAAGGGGCAAGGCUUCAGGAAUGUACAGCAUGGACGCAGUGCAAGCGAUGGCUUUCGACGGCUGCUACCACGACACGGAGGAGGACAUGGACCUGAGUCCCUUCCCAGAGCCCUGUGAGGAGAAUGAGACCAGGGCAAGUCAAACCAACAUCUCCAAUGCUGACACACCUCGCCUGAAGAGGAAGAGAUCUCUGAAGGGAAACGUGGGCAGGAUUAUUUUGCAGAACAAUCAUGCUAUUGACACGUAUUCCAGGAUUAUAUUUCCCAGUGUAUAUAUUGUGUUCAACUUUUUUUACUGGGGUUUGUACAUAUGAACAAAAAUGCUUAUAAGCUAGGCUUUAUUUUGUGUAUGAGGGUUGCAUCAUACUUCAAAAAUAAUGCAACAGCAGUAGAGGAAAAGGUUACAAUUUUCCAAAAGAGACUUCUGCAUCAAACCUGGGCUGGUUUGGUCAGCAGCAAAACUCUUCAUGAAAAACUCUCUCAUGUCUGGGCUCUUUUCCCCCUGGACUAUGCAGAGCUUCACUGGGGUGAUCCCAUGCACAGGCUCCACUGCAGUAGCACAGGAGCUGAGUGCUCACUAAGGGAGCCCUUUGUCACCCCCCUGAACAGACAGCAGCUCCCACCUGAGCUAUUGCCCUGUCUGUGUCUGCACUCCAACCCUUCCUCUCGAAUCAGCCUCUUUGUUCCUCACCUGUGAUCCAUUUUGGUUGGCAAUUGGCACCAACAGCUUUGGGACAGCCUUGGGAUAGCUCCUGUCCACGUCUCCUUCCUGCAUUCCAAUUUUCCUGGGCAACCCCUGUGCACCUCAGCAGCCUCUGCCCUUGGAUGGGAACCAGGGGGAAAAUGAUGGCUUAGCAGUGCAGUAGGGACCAGCAGGAAGCCAGGCUGAUGGGGCUUUGGAGAUUGUGCAUCAGCAACACUUCAAGAAAACCCUUCACCCUUGUCAGCUCUCUGUGACCUCCACGGGACCUCUGUUUGGAAGAAUCUGGCUCACCAGUCCUGGAGGCAGCACAGGAAUAACAGAGGUCACAGACCCUGUGCACUUGCAGCUGCUUCCCAGGUGGAUGAGCAGCAUCCCCAGCACGAGCUGUGUCCUUCGCGAGUCACCCACACACCUCUGCCUCACCUCGACCUGCUGUAAUCCCCUGCUUCCUGCAGAGCCUUUGGCUUAGAAACACAGGCUUUGAGACAGAGAUUUGAGACAACUUUGUCAAGAGAACAAACCAACCACGCCUUUGGUUCUUCUGCUUUCUGUUGCACGUGAACUUGGGGUUUUGCCUCCCUCCCUCUCGCUUUGGCUUUUGAGAUUGAAUGUUCCAGUGAGGAGAAGCUGCAUCUGCCUCUUGCAGCAGUGAUCCCCAGCAUAGUUCCAGGAAAUAAAAGGAAACAGCUGUGCCAAAAUGGAGACACAUACAGGAAACCUGUCAGUCUCAGAUGAAUCCUGCAUGGAAAUAUCCUUAGGUUCAGGCUAAGGAGGCUGAAUUAAGGAUCUUCAGGGAUAAACACAGAAAGUUUUCACAGAUCCAGAAAAAAAAAAUCAAGAUUACUUUUGUAACUUUCCUAAAUAAGGAGCAUUUUCCACUAAAUUCCUUGGGUUUGUCUGUCAUUUAAUGAGCUGAGUUUACAUUUACAAAGUCAGAUCAAAAUGAUCAAUUUGAAGUUCAAAAUUAUUAUUUGGUGAC